UAGAUUUUUGGAAUAGUUUAUGUUGCUCUCUUGGUAUUCUUCCAGUAGAUUUAUUAGAGGCAUUCUUUGAUGGGCUUGUGUUGUUUUUUGGUGAUUCUUCUCAAAUUUGUAUCAUUCUUUGUAGAUUUACGUCAUUUUCUGGUGAUCUUUUAUCAAAUUUGCACCAUUCUCCA